AUGCGCUCACGUGGUAAGGUAGAGGGUCUUGUGAAGGAUCUUUCAGGUCAAUCACCUUCGUUCCAGGAUGAGAAAUUUAUUGAACAAUUACUUCAACUUAUUGCAGAUAAUGAUGAUGUGUCUCUUACGACACUGAUUGCCAUGACUUUGGGAGCUGAGAGCUAUCAUAUUGACUUGAAGCAUCAGAUUAUUGUGGAUUUUAGACUUGAUUUCCUUCGCUUUUGUGCAAACCAAAACUUUUUUCCAUCUAAAAUAAUUCAUUUAAUGAAAUGGAUGACUGAUUUUCAGCAGAUAGUUGAAAAUGAUUGCAGUGUUGAUAAGAUGAGAAACGAAUUGAUAGAGUUUGCAGCAUCUGAAAUUGAAGAGGGGUGGAAGUGGAAGUCGAAACAAGCGGCAGCUCUAGAUGAGGCUGCAGUGGAGUCUCAGAUCUCUUCUAAAGCUUCAAACAAGAAAGGUACUCGAGUGAUAGAGAAAGUAGCUGUAGAAGAAGUCGAUAAUGCAGCUGCGCUUCCACGGGAAUGCAUAUAUUUGACGAAGGAAGACAUUGGUUCUCUUUGUACCUAUCUUCUUCAUGGAAUAAUUCAACAUGCGUCUUUAUAUUUUUAUGUAGCUAACUACUCGCGAGAGAAUGGAACUCCAAGAGAACUCCGUUUUUUUUUGGAGCUUCCCACUCCUGCUCCUCCAUUGCGAUUUGCACUGUCAAAGGACAAGUCAGCAGAUGAUGCAUCUCAGAUAUCACUGCAACAACUUCGUGAACAAAGAAAUGCUGAAUUAACUACCUUAGUAGAUGAAUGUAAAGAGGUUAUCUCUAAAGAAGAAUUAUGGCGAAAAACUAAAGAAACCGAGAAAGCCAUGCAGAUCCUAAUAGAUAACGAAGGUACAAAGAAAGCAGUAGAGAACACAUAUGAAAGCAUGGAAUUUGACCUCUCUCAACGACAAAAACGUAUUUUACAGCGCAUUACUGCUCUUGAGAAAUUACUGGGUGUUGAGUCUCUCUCAUAG